CAUCACCGAGCUGCGGCUCUGCGCUGGCUGUUACUGCUCGGCUCCCCGCCGCGCUGCUUUCCCUGCGGGGCGGGGUGGCGCUCAGUCCGGCGCACUCUGCCGCCCUCAGCGCACCGUCUGUCCCUCUCUGUCUCGACACGACAUGGGUGUGGAGAAGGAAAAGCUGGACACCAGCAUAAUUAUGGACGAGGACGAGUUCAACCUGUCCAUAGAACCCAUUCUGACGAAGAAGGGGAAGGUGUAUUCGGAGGCGCCGGAUCGGGAUCCAAACGAGAUCAACACGCAUCUGAAGGUGGGUUUUGAAGAUGUGAUUGGCGAGCCCAGCUCCACCCACAGCUUCGACAGAGUUUGGAUCGGGAGCCACGCCACCUUCGAGCUGGUCAAGUUCUUCUUCUACCGGCUGCUGACCACCCUGCUGGCUGUUCCCAUGGCCUUCACACUGGGGCUGCUCUUCGGACUGCUGAGCUGCGUCCACGUCUGGCUGGUGAUGCCAGUGGUCCAGAGCUUCAUGAUGCUCCUGCCUUCAGUGCAGAAGAUAUGGAGGAGUCUGACGGACAUUUUCAUAGCGCCGCUGUUCCAGAGCCUGGGGAAAUGUUUGUCCUCCAUUCAGAUUGAAACCACAGAGGACUGAAGCAAACACCUGCUCUAAUGUUUCCCAGAGUUGUUGGAAAAAGUUAAAGAGGGGGAAGGGAGACGUGAGCUCUUAAAAAGUUCAAUAUAGGAUACAGAAAGACAUGUGCAAAUUAAAAGGCAAUCAUUGGAAAAAAGAGGUUUAGAGCAUGACCAGAAUAGCUCACCUUGCUUUAGCAGACUCCUUUGUAGGAGAGAGAGAAGUUUCCAUUGCAUUUACUUGGGUUUUAUAACAAAUUGUUCUGGUUGUUGUUUCCUCUGAAGUGGAUUUGGAUGAAGUAUUGAUGACUAGCUAGUAAAGGUAUAUUUCCUAUUUUAAUGAAGAAUGUCUCAAACGUUGCUAUCAUCAUGUGACUUUGUUAGCGGCGGUCCUGAGCCUCAGACAUGAAGCUGUGUGCUUCAGGCUGCAGGUUGGUGCUAAAUUUGAGUCUUAUUUUGAAGUAAGGAAGGAAGUUGCUUUGGAGUUGGUUUUCUUGUUGCGUUGAUAGAGUUAACUGUUAAAGAUUGUUUGUUGGACUAACAACGUUCUGCUUCAACAGUAGUUAAAAAAAAUGUUUCCACCAUCUUAGCAUUGUGUGGUAGCCUUCGAUGUUUGUAAAGUUAACCGUCGUCAGCCAUUUGCAUCAAAUGUUAGAGCUUCCAGAGCUGAAGGAAUAUUUCUGAGUUUCUUUGAGUCUGUACUGCAUUUGGUCAAAUAUUUACCAAGAUGGUCUCUUGUCAAGAUGGACAAGCUAACUGUUAGCUUUUUUACCGAGCCUCAGCUGUGUCAUCUCUAGUCCAGAUCUAAAAUACUCAGGAAGAUCAAACCUGAAUGCCGUGUUCAACACUAAACAGAUUUUUUUUUUUUUUUUUUUACCGGGUUGAUGGAAGCUUUUUUAUUGAAGAAGCACAAAAGCAACAUUUUUAUUACGUUUUUGGUGAGAUGUAGUCAUCAAAUUUGUAAUGGGAUGUUUUACACUUAUUGGAAAUAAUUUAAAAAUGUUCUUACUUAUACUUACAUUCAUAAGAACCCAAGUCCAUUGGACAUAGAGCCCUGGUAUUUGAUCUAGUUUUCUUUGGAUUCAGCCGACAGCUAAUCUUUUCUGGCUAAUGUUCAGGUGAAUUUUCCUGAAGCAUUUGAGGAGAAAAGUCAUCCAGACUGUUGUAGUCAUUUGACAAUAUUUAUAAAUGAACAACAAUGAUGUGAGAUUCUUCGGGACUAGAUGACAGUCUUACCUGCUUACUGUAGACGACAUUGACUGCUUUGGAACGCUUCAGAAAACUCAAUAUUCCAAAAAUAUCUUGACUAAAGUUCAGACAGGGCAGAUGUAUUUUAAGUAAUCAGGAACACACCCACAGUUUGUGUUUUUAUGGGUAAUAAUCAUUCAUGUUCGAUAUAACAUGGACUUUUUGAACACCAUCGAAUACUGUUGUGUUUGAAAUUGUGACCAAAAAUUAUUCUUAUCAUUCCAUUUCUGUUCAAGCUUAAACAAUCAGUUAAGACUAACUUCCUGACAUGUUAAUAGAGCAGAAAAAUUACUAAACAUUACUGACUAUGAACAUAUGUAGGUUUUAUAUAUUGCAAACUAUUCAACUAUAAGCUAAAUGUUGUGAGCUGAAAGAGAGAGUGCAUUAUGUUGCAGAAGUUUAUCUAGCUAUUAAAAGCUAAAAUGCAGCAUUUGCACAUUUGCAGGCAUUUACUAACGUAUCUACUGUGAUGAAUUUAGAUUCCAUUGACCUUAAUGCUGGACAUCUAUUUUAUUAUUUAAAAAUGCCAGAAGAUGCUGGAGCUCUUCUGGGAAGGAGACAUGCUGUGUUCCUGGUUGACACACGUCUACAGAAGUGAACCUCGGUGAGAUUGGGGCAUUUUCUGUGUGUGACUGUUUGCUGCGAGGCAAAGACUCUGGUUCAGGCAAAACAAACUGCAGCUGCAAAUUGAAAGGCAUCCAGGAAUGAUUUCAUUUUUUUUAGUGUUCGCAACCGUUGGUGGAAAUUUAAGUUGUAAAAAUGCUCCUUCUGUUUUUCCUGUUGAUGGUCUGAAAAGAACUGGUGACACAAUAACAGACCUGGAACCAACGUCUUACCUUAUGUUAUCCUGAUGCCAAAAAUACAUAAUUUUGCAAUUGCUAUUUUUCCAUACAUUAAGAAAUGAAAUUAAAAUCACAUGUAAAUAAGCUAACUCACCUGGUAAGUCAUUAAAAAAUCAUGACAGUAACGGACAUGAGAAAUAUUCAUAAUUCAUCCAUGACACUAGCUCUCCUUCCACUUCCUGUUUUCUUCUUCUUUGUGGUUUCCACUAGAAGUAAUAGCUGGCUGUUGAUCAUGUGACUUGCAUGAUGCGAAAAAAGUGUUUCCAUCACAGUUUUGUGAAAUGCUUUUAAAUUAGUAUGGUUGAAAAAUAUAGGAGAGUGUUAGGAACACGAGUAAAGGAAAAAAAAUUAUUCUGACUAAUCUGGAAAAAAAAGAUCUGAGAAUCUGAAAGAGAUUUUCCUCAACAAAGGUCAGAAUUCAUUUUUGUUUUUCUUCCAGUGGCCCUCAACCUCUUCUGUAGAAAAACCAUCACAUCCGAGUGCAAAAACUUUUUAUUGAAAAGCAAGAGGGUUUUUCUUCCCCUGAAAUUGACUUGUUUCCAUUUUCCAAAUUUAUUUUCUAAUUUUCAAUUUGCACAAUUUUAUGAUUGAUGGAAAUGCAGUUAUUUUGGUAUUCCUCUGAAUUAAUGCAAAAUUUUGCUUUGAUGUUCUUUUUACAACACAAUAAGAAGCAGUUUGAAAUUUUAACACUUAAGUGAAGAGACAGCUAAAAUCAACUAAACAGCUCAAUGUUGCUUAAAGCUUUUCUACAUGGAUGAACUCCAGCUUCAGUCUAUUAGAACUUAUCUGGACUGCAGAUCAAUAAGAAAAGGUGACAGAUUCGCUCUGUUUGCCAAAGUAUCAGUGACGUAAAAAUUGGAUUAAAUGCAACGCAGCAGUUCCGACCAAGGAGGCUCUGAAUACUGUCGGGUUUGUAUAGGAUUCAGUACCACAUAUGGAAGUGGCUCAGGUAUCAUUUUUUGGGGGUCUCUUGGGAUCAGAACUGAGCAAAAACAAUUGGAUUUUUGAACGCAGACUUAUAUCCAUCCAUCCAUCCAUCUUCUUCCUCUUAUCCGGGGUCGGGUCGUGGGGGUAGCAGCUUCAGAAGGGAGGUCCAGACUUUCCUCUCCCCAGCCACUUCCACCAGCUCCUCCAGAGGAAUCCCAAGGCGUUCCCAGGCCAGCAGAGAGACAUAGUCCCUCCAGCAUGUCCUGGGUCUUCCCUGGGGCCUCCUCCCGGUGGGACGUGCCCGGAACACCUCACCAGGGAGGCGUCCAGGAGGCAUCCUGACCAGCUUUCGCUUCACCACAACGGACCAGUACAGCGCCCGCUGUACAGACGCUGCACCAAUCCGUCUGUCGAUCUCCCGCUCCCUUCUUCCCCCAUUCGUGAACAAGAUCCCUAGAUACUUGAACUCCUCCACUUGGGGCAGGACACCCCCGACCCAGAGAAGGCACUCUACCCUUUUCCGGCUCAAGACCAUGGCCUCGGAUUUGGAGGCACUGAUCACCAUCCCAGCCGCUUCACACUCAGCUGCGAACCGCUCCACCGAGAGCUGCAGAUCACGACCUGAUGAAGCCAAUAGGACCACAUCAUCCGCAAAAAGCAGAGAUGCAAUCCUAAGGCCACCAAAACGGAUCCCCUCAACACCUUGGCUGCGCCUAGAAAUUCUGUCCAUAAAAGUAAUGAACAGAAUCGGUGACAAAGGGCAGCCCUGGCGGAGUCCAACUCUCACCGGAAACGAGCCCGACUUACUGCAGACUUAUAUAUUUCCAGAUAAAGUACUACGAUGAUCUGGGCAGACAGGUAAAGGCUUUUCUUUUCUUUUCUUUUCUACAGCAACACUACAGAGCAGAUAUGCAAGUAGACAUAAAAAUAACAAAUUCAAUUCAGUUCUCAGAUUAUUUAUUUGCUUUCUGAUUUGAUUUACUGUUAUGAUGGAAACUGAAGGACACCAUGUGUAAGUUAUCUAAAAUAAAGAUUCAUUUUCCCCUUGAGGAAACGGUUCUGUGUGAGGUUUGUCGUUAGUUAGUUGCAGGAGGUGAGAUGGUUGAGUUCAGUGCCAGAAAGUUCUCAUAAAUCAUCUUCGCUCAUAUUGCCUAAAACAUUUUCCUCAACAAAUCUGAGCUGUGUGUUAAUGACACAUCACCCGAGGCAGGUCUGCACAGCGUUUGUAACUCAACUUGGGUUGCUAUGGAAACCUGUCCUCGGCUGAAGGAAUUUGUGAUGAACAGCACUCCUGGUAUAAAAAAAUGUAUGCCGUCAUGUUCCUUGUGCUACUUCAUCCAGAUCAGAUCAAAGUUUUCGCUGUAACACAUACAGUAUUGUGAAAUACGCCGUGUGCCGUCUGCAGGCCGACGCCUCACACCCAGUCAGGACUGCAUACCAACAUUAAUUGUCACCGUCUUCAGUUUUGGAAUGAAAAUCCGGGGUGAAGGAGAGCUGAGAGAGAAACCUGCUCACUGUGCAGCUUUUAUUUUGCUCCUCUACAGCUGAAAAAAAAGUCUCAGCUUUAAUUUAAAAAAGUCCUUUGCUCUUUUUAGAAUUGUUUAGGGAAGUUCAAAAGGUGCUUAAUGUUUUUAGUGAUUCCUAAAUACAGCUGUGGAAGAAAUGAAGAGAUUUCUUUCUUUCUCCUGCAGCAACAUAACAAAAUGUUUCUAACCUUGGUUGAGGAGAACUACUGAAAUUCCAGGUAAAACUGUAGUAUUUAUUUGCAGAAAUUGAGAAAUGGUCAAAAUAACUAAAAAGAAGCAGUGCUUUCAGUCCUCAAAUAAUGUAAAGAAAACAAUUUCAUAUUAAUUUAGAAACAACAAUAUUAAUGUUUUAACUCAGGAAAGAUUCAGAAAUCAAGGUUUGGUGGAAUAACCAGGAGGGUUUUAAUGAGGUUCAGUGCAGUGAAAAAAAAAUUCCUGCUGCUUUUGGAAAGGAGACGACUUCGUACUGUGAGCACUUAGUGCCUAAAGCUAAAAUAUAACCAAUAAGAUAAUCAAUAACAUAAUCAAUAUGAUGUCAUCAGUUUGUGUUCCAGCAGGAUUUCAAUGUUUUUUAUGGUUUCAUUUUAUUCAUAACCACUAUGAUGUAUCAUAUAUAUAAUCCUGUACACUGUGGCUAUUACCACUGAACAGCACUAAACCCUCACUGGCCACUUUAUUAGGUACACCUCUCAACAGAAAUAUCAGGUUAACUAAUCACAAGGCUCAAUUUAUGUAGCUAGAUGUAAAGGAGAAAACUUGGAUUUCUUGUCAAAUGCCACGGCAACAGUCUGUGACAUGACUGCUGCGCUCAGUAUUCUGUCACUGACAGUUUCUGGUUUCUUCUUGCAAAUCAAAUCAUUUGCAUAUCCAUAUUUGGUUUGCAUGUGAACAAAGGCAGACUCCAGUUGGAUUAUUCAUUCUUCUCAGAGUUACUCAUGCGUUCAAAUAUCUGCUACUGUCAUUCAGGAGAUUCUUGCAGAAGUUCCAGCAGCUUCAUGUUGCUUGCAUCACAUUUGAAGUUGACUGUAUUUUAAAGUUGCCAUGACUACUUGUGAAAACUCUCCUCAUUGGUCUGACAUCCCCAUAACCCCCCUGGUUUGUUCCUGGAUUGUGCUUUUUUCCCCUCCUGUUUGGUUGCUUAGGAUUCCUCGAAAUUUUCUUUCUCCUGCAGCAACAUAACAAAAUGUUUCUAACCUUGGUUGAGGUCAACAAGCACACACUGACCACACACACUGUAAAACACAAUGAGUGAAUUUUACUAAAUAUUCAAUAUUCAUGCAAACUUGUUGCCUCAAACAAAUUGAGUUUUCAAAACUUAAAAAUGUUAGUAUGUGCAAAAUAUAUAUCUGAAGUUUAUUCUGCUUAAAUGAUUUUGAACACACAACUCUACUGUAAAACCUCAUUAUUUCUGCUUACUUGAAAAAAAUAUAUGCACACAAACAUGUUGUCUCAAAAUGGUCAGCAGCUAACUUAAAUGAGCGUAACAAAUGGAGUAUGUUGUAACUUCUUUAACACCCAAAGUCUAAAACUACUUGUAUAAAAAUAAAACUGCAUCCCUGAAA